AUGGCACAAAACAUAUACGAUCAAGAUGACUUCUUCAAAGCAUAUGCUCAGCUUCCACGCUCUGUCCAUGGAUUGGAAAAGGCUCCUGAAUUUGAAGUGUUACGUUCUUGGUUACCAAGCCUUGAGGGAUCGAACUUCCUAGAUCUUGGAUGCGGAUUUGGCUGGAUGUGUAGAUGGGCGCGAGAAAAUGGGGCAAAAUUUGUUCAGGGUACAGACGUAUCUGAGAAUAUGUUAGCUCGAGCACGAGAGUACCCAGAAGAUCCUUCUAUCAGUUAUCGCAAAGCCGACCUGGAGACGUUACAGAUAUCUCCAAAUGAGUUUCAUGUUGCCUACAGCUCUCUAGCUCUUCAUUACAUCGAGAAUCUACCAUCUCUUGUCGAGCAAGUUUAUAAAUCACUGAAGCCGGGAGGAGCUUUUAUCUUUUCUGUGGAACAUCCCAUUUGGACUGCUCCACGGAACCCUGACUGGAUUAAAGAUGUGGAAGGUCGAGACGUCUGGCCACUAGAUGGUUAUCUGCUUGAGGGCCCUCGAACGACAGAUUGGUUGGCGAAAGGGGUAGUCAAACAACACCGUUCGAUUGCUACAUAUAUCACGAUCCUUCUUGGUGCUGGCUUCAUAUUGUCUGCAAUCGAUGAAUGGGGACCAACACCAGAGCAGAUAAAGGAAUUUCCAGACUGGGCUCGGGCAAGGGAUCGUCCUCCGUUUCUACUUGUAAAGGCUACAAAAACGGCCAACUAG